AUGUCAACACAUUUUCGCCCGCGUCCGCCUACUUCAGGACCUCCAAGCCCUACUCGUCCAUCAACAGCACGCUCUACGAUUCGCGCGAUCUCUCCAUCACCGCCGCCGAGUUUGAGUGACGCACUGCGACUGGAUCUAGCAAGCACUGGCACGCCGAAUUUCGAUCACCAAAUUACACCUGAGAGUGCAAGAGAGCGGCCUAAGAGUGAUGGUUUUAAUCAAACAUACAUGUAUGGUUUCGGCGAACAAGAGACAGAAUUUACAAACUAUGUCGCAACCGCGGAAAACGGCAACUUCGGCAGCUCUCCUGCAGAUAUCACUGCCAACGUGACUACCAAAAGAGGUGGCAGUGUAAUGGAAAGGCAAUCGCCAGUGAAGCGCACUUCGAGGUUGAGUAGUCCCAAGAAGCGGCCGUAUAGCACACCAACGGAGCUAUCCUUGCAUCGCCUGUCGCCAUCACAUGGCCACGAUCGAGAACAGGGUGCGAGUCCACAUCAAAAGCAGGUUCAAGUCGAGAGCGACAGCGACGCAAAUUGGGAUUGCCCAGAUACACCCACUCCUAUGACAAAUUCCCAGAAGCGCUCGGCAUAUCUCCCACUCGGCAACCCAACGCCUUGCCCCAACUCCAAACGCUCUUCUAAACCAAAGUCGAGAUCAAAUCCUCCCAUUCUCACUUCUACUAUCUCAAACCCAACACCAAAGCUCGAGUUUUUCGAAUCGUUCGACAAUCAAUCACCCUAUCAUUCUAGAUAUUUCGAUAUCGUUCAUCCGCAAACGUAUUCUAGAGAAGAAGAGACGCUCAGAGAGUUUUACGCUCAUGCCGAACGUAAGAAGAUGCGCGAAGCUAUGGAGACAAGAGCAAGGCCAAUGGAGAGAAGGCCACUCAUGUCUCAGCCUGGCUAUGUGUCGUCAACAAAUGACGGUGCGGCGAUGCAGCGACCAGAACGGGAGCACGGUAUUCACCCACGAAUGCAUCUAGCACCGCGACAGCACGCCGUGGAUGCACCUUUGCGGGACAAUGUAAUAGGGCCGGCCUCCAAUGUGCAGCGACAGGUAUCCAUAUCCGAGGACUCCCACCUCUCUGGGGGCACAGCGUCCAGCAAGCAAUCUGUGUUCAGUACGCCUGGAAGAGACGAGAUGGAGAGAAAAAAGGCGCUUGUCGAGGAUGACGAAGGUCCGUUUGCUAAAGCGAUAAGCAUGGCCGAUCUGGAUGAGCGACGCAGGGUAGUGAGUGAGCAGCGUGCGGGAGACGAUCGAAGGGCUGCAAUCUUGGAGGCAGAGAGUAGUCAAAAGAAGAGAAAAGAUAGGGCUUGCGGAUUGGGAGUGGGAUGCAAUGUGAUGUAA